UGAGCCCCUGAUGGCUAUGGGACCUGGACGGUCUAGAUAGCUCAGGCGGGUUCAGUAGGAUUGUUUUGCUGGGGGCUCCUUCAACCCGGCACUUCCCAGAGAAAGGACUACAACUUUUACCUUUCCUGCACAAGGGGAGAUCAUGGCUGGGGCCCCGAGCGUUAAAGGGCCAUUUCUGGUGCUGCUCCUGCAGUUUGUCCUGAUUUGCUCCUCUCAAAGGAGUGAUGGAACCCCUGGCCCCCCUGGACCUGCAGGUGUACCAGGAAUUGAUGGCAUUGCUGGUGAUAGGGGAGAAAACGGCGAGGACGGUCUUCCUGGACCUGACGGAGACGCAGGUAAACCCGGCUCCUCGGGAUUGCCUGGACUUCCUGGAAAUGAUGGUUUGACCGGCCCUGUUGGAGACCCUGGGCCUGACGGUCCCCCCGGACAGAAAGGUGAACCUGGAAAACCUGGACCUCGUGGGUUAGCUGGUGUUGGACCGGAUGGACCCCCUGGACCACCGGGGCCUGGAGGACUUCUGGGUGAAGUGGGAAAAGUUGGAUCACCUGGGUCCAUGGGCGUGAGAGGGCCACAGGGACCCCGUGGACCAACAGGACCCAGAGGUGCAGCUGGAAUGCUGGGCAGUGGCGACCUGUGCCCCAACUCUUGUCCACCCGGGACCCCUGGACAUCCUGGCCUUCCAGGGAUGAAGGGUCACAAAGGCGUAAAGGGUGAAGCAGGGGAACCUGGGAAACAAGGACACAAGGGAGAGGAGGGAGACCAGGGAAUUCCAGGAGAGGUCGGAUCACAAGGGCCAACGGGACCACAGGGAAUCCGUGGAGCCACAGGAAUGAUGGGCACCAAGGGUGAGAUGGGGGCUCGAGGUCCUGAUGGAGAUCCGGGUCCGCAGGGCGUCGCGGGGGCAACUGGGGACCGAGGCCAGAGAGGCGUGAUGGGUGAGCUCGGGCCUAAAGGUGAAACGGGUGUUCAAGGGCCGCGGGGAAUCACAGGGCUUCCAGGUCCCAAGGGAGAGGCUGGUUUGCCGGGCGUGGAUGGUCGUGAAGGUAUUCCAGGGAUGCCGGGAGCUAAGGGAGGCAUUGGGAAGCCAGGCGUUCCUGGAGAGGUUGGACUUCAGGGGCUUCCUGGUUUGCCCGGCAUGCCUGGACCAAAAGGACUCAGUGGCCCUAAGGGAGACGCUGGUCAGUCGGGCCUCCCCGGAACCAUAGGAUCAACUGGCAAACCUGGUGAACGGGGAGAGCAGGGAGAAGUGGGACCUGUGGGGCCAAUCGGCGAGCUUGGAGAUAUUGGGGAGCAAGGCCCUCUAGGUCCAGCUGGCAAGCCAGGUGCAAGGGGACCCAAAGGUGACCCCGGUCUGCCUGGUGUCCCAGGUCCUCCUGGCGUGCCUGGGGUGAAAGGAGAGAGGGGAGAACGAGGAGAAGCAGGACCCAAAGGAGAUCAAGGAUUGCAAGGUGAUGAGGGAAACCCUGGAGACAAAGGGGACUUGGGCGAACCAGGAGAAGCCGGAGCUAAAGGAGAGGUUGGCAACCCCGGCGAGACCGGCAACAGGGGACCCGAGGGAAGUCGGGGCCAGCCUGGCAUCGAGGGCCCGCCCGGCACGCCCGGGCCGCGGGGCAUGCAGGGGAACAGAGGUCCUCCCGGAGUCAGAGGUUCUCAGGGUCCCGCGGGUAAAGAGCCAAGUGAUCAGCACAUCAAGCAAGUUUGCAUGCGAGUCAUGCAAGAACAGCUGGCUCAGUUGGCUGCCAGCUUACGGAGACCAGAGUCUGGCAUAGCCGGUUUACCCGGAAAACCUGGACCUCCAGGGCCUCCCGGGGCUCCGGGAGACAAUGGCUUCCCUGGGCAGGCUGGCACAAGGGGCCUUCCUGGACUCAAAGGGCCACCAGGGCAGAUAGGAUUGAAAGGACCCAAAGGUGAAAUGGGAGACAGGGGAUCCAGAGGGCCCACGGUGAGAGGACCCAAGGGUCAGCCAGGACCUCCUGGGCUUCCUGGCGAAGCAGGCAAACCUGGCUACGGUCAGGACGGCCGGGACGGCCAGAGGGGACCUCCCGGUGUACCCGGACAGCCCGGCGUACCUGGGCCCCCUGGUGCAGCCGGUCCCAACGGUUACUGUGACCCAUCAGCUUGCAACCUCCAGGCGGGAGCCGCCCACCAGUCUCUGGAUGUGAAGGGACCUGCUGGGAACUAAGGGACGCUCUGGCAGAGACAGAAAGACUGUUGGAUUAUCUCCCCUGAGCACACAACAUUUUUCAACCGUUCUUCCCGGGGGCUGUGGUCGGCGUGGUGCCUUUGUUCCAUUAACCUCUAAUCUUGCGAACAUGUUUUUUUUGUUCCAGCCACAUCUCCGUCAGAGGGAGCCAGCCUCUUUGAGUCAUUAAAAAACACAUUUGUUUUGUUUUGUUUUCCUCAUGUGUCUGUUCCGGUGUGUUUUUCUACCUGAGAGAUGUUUUGAUAUAUUCGUGAUUGUGCUCAUGUUUCUGAAAUGACCAGAAAUAGUUUGUUUAUCCCACUCUCCUUGUAGCUGCGUACUAUUUUUGUGCUCUCAAUUUGCGAUGUUUUCCUCCACUUCCUCCCAGAGCAUCUCAAACAAUCAUCCAAAGCAAAUCAGGAUCAGGAUUCUGUCAUUGUGUCCUCUGAUGUACCAAAGAUAAACCUACUGAAACCUCUUUUGUUUUUUUGUUUUUUUAAUCCGUUGUCAGUUUUCGCGUGUCUGACUUCCUUUUUCAGCCCUGCAAAUAAAAAAAAAAAAGGAGAGAGGACGGAAGUGUCGUCAAGUCACAAUGACUUCAGUGUAUGUUGUAAAUCUGUAAAAAAAAAAAAAAAAAAAAAGAAGAAGAAGAAUGAUGUUAAUUAUAUUUCUUACAAAACCGCCUGAUGUGAGAUUUUGCCUCAUUGUACAGAAUGACAACACAAUGAAGCUGUGCGUAUAUGGAAAUGCCUUUUAGGGAUGAGGGGAACAAUGUAAACAAGAAAUAAAGCAACACAUGCAGUGUUUAAUUUAUUCUGUA